AUGAAUCUACCUAAGAAUCCAUUGAUUGGAGCGUCGCUAAUAUAUGUUGGUAUAUUCGUCAUAACUAUACCGAUAUGGAUUUUGGUACUGCCGGAAAAACGUAUGAUUUCCUCCAAUCCAUUCUGUGAGGCCGUCAACUCCAUAUUCGUCCAAGAUCUAGGCUAUGUGUGGUUCACUCUAGCCUUCACUAGCCACUGCUUUCUCUUUGCAGACACCAAUGAUGUCAUCCCUACGCCUAUAGUCGCUAGGCAGCUUCUCAAAUACUCCCUUAACACCUUCUGCUGGGUACUGGUCAACCUCUGGUGCUUCGGACCUCUGUUAGUGGAAAAGCUCAACACAGCCACUGGAGGCCAUUGUGUGGGCAAAAAUCUUCAACUAGUGGACAUGUGGAUGCGGAAAUGUCGCCGCAGUGCUUCAAAUAUGUGGGUGGACGGAUUCGAUUUGCUGGGUCACUAUUACUUCUUGCUCACACUGAGCCUACUUCUUCUCCACAACCGAAAUAACCUACCGGUUUUGUCGGAUACAGCUACACGUAGCCUGAGGAUCAGCGCUAUUCUGAUGUUUGUGCGGGCGCUUUCAGCAUGGCUCCUAAUGGUGUGGUUUCUCGAGUUCUGUGUGACCAGCAUGUUUUUCCACACCGUGGGAGAGCGCAUGGCCGGUUUAGUAGGGAUUCCCGUUGUUUUUAUGGUGCUCUAUGUAGAGAAUAAGGUUUAUCCUGAGGAUGAGGCGGGUGAGAAUUAUACUAUACUAUAG